GCUGCAAAAUAUGCUCCUAGACACUUUAUGAGAGAGGAUGGUGGACCUUGUAUCAAUAAAGUAGCACUUAUUUACAUCUACCUAUUGUACUUGUGGGCUAUAAGCUCGUUAUAGAUGACGUGUCAACAUCAUAUAGCGAGCAGCUGGUGAUACAUCGUAUAGCCAAUAUUAACCAUGCUCUAAUCUCACUGGUGACACAUCGUAUAGCCAAUAUUAACCAUGCUCUAAUCUCACAUUGACGCCCAUGGCGCAGCCCAGCGCACCCUAAAAAUUAACAACUGGAAAUUGGGGCCACCAAGCCAGGUGUGCCCUACUUGUCCUUGAGCCACAGUAUGUCGUCGGGUGGCACGUACGCACCCUUAUCAAGGCAGAGCCCAUCCCCAGCGCGUUCUUCUCCUCCAAACUCACACUCCCCAACGCCGCGCUCAACAGUGCCAUUCACUGAGCUCAUUCUCUUUCCUCUACUGAUACACUACCGCCUCGCGACUUCGCCCCGAGAGCCCAAUGGCCGCGCGCGUGACGCGACGCCCUGCCGCCGUCUUCCUGAUCCUCGUUGCUGCCCUUCUCACGGUUACGAUACAGUCAGCUGCGGCGACGCUGCACCCGGUGGACUACCUGGUACUGCAGGCCGUCCGGCGCGCGCUCUCCGACCUGCCGGGCUCCGGCUUCUUCGCUUCGUGGGACUUCACCGGAGACGCCUGCGGCUUCGCGGGGGUCUCCUGCUCCGGCGAUGGUCGGGUCGUCACGCUGGCCCUCGGGGACCCGCGCGCCGGCGCACCAGGCCUCUCGGGCGCAUUCCCCUCCGCCGCGCUCGCGCGUCUCUCCGCGCUUAGCUCGCUCUCGCUCGUCCCUGGCCGCGUAUCCGGGGGCUUAUCUUCCGCCGUCGCGGCGCUCCCCUCGCUCCGCUUCCUCGCUCUAUCCGGGAACCUCAUCUCCGGCAACCUCCCCGGAGGAUUCUCCCCUGCUCUUCGGACGGUUGAUCUCAGCAAGAACUCCUUUUCCGGCAGGAUACCCUCCUCACUGCUCCAAAUCAGGAGUCUCCGAACGCUCGUCCUCUCCCACAACUCCCUCUCCGGCGAGAUCCCCAAGACAGUGAGUUCGCCGCUGGUCCACCUCGACCUCAGGAACAAUCGCCUAUCCGGCGACGUCCCGCCUCUCCCGGAGACGGCCGUGUACCUAAGUCUCGGCGGGAACAGGCUGUCCGGCCGCGUGGGCGGCGUCCUUCGCAGAUUGACGAGGCUGUCGUUUCUUGACCUCGGCGGGAACUGGUUCUCCGGCGAGGUCCCCGGAGAAGUCUUCUCCUUCCGGAUUGGGUACCUGCAGUUGCGCAAGAAUGCCUUCUCUGGCGAGCUCCGGCCGGCGGGGCGGUUGCCGUUGGGCGCCACGGUAGACCUCAGUCACAACGCGCUAUCCGGGCGGGUGCCGGCGGAGCUGUCGAGCGCGGCUGCAGUGUACCUGAACGGGAACAAGUUUGCUGGAGCGGUGCCGGCAGAGAUUGUGGCGGCGGCGGAGGGCGGGCGCAUGCGGGUGCUCUUCCUUCAAGACAACUUCCUGACCGGCAUCAGCGUGCGCGGCGUGCCGGCGAGCGCAGAGGUAUGUGCACACUGGAACUGUGUUGCGCCGCCGCCGACCGUGGUGGCCGCGUGCCCGGCCAAGGGCGGCAGGGGGCGGCGCCGGCCGCCGGCUCAGUGCGGCGGGAGGAGGGGGUAAGGAAGGAAAGGCUUAAGGCCCCGCUUGGAUGCGGUGUAAGUAUAUACGCCCGGAUUUAACAGGCGUAAAUUACUCGUAGUAGCUUAUAUUUUACUCCUAUUUGGAACAGAAACGAUGAUAGAGAUCUAUAUUAACCGUCUUCUGCCUAGCGUAAAUUACUCGUAGUAGCUUAUUUUUUAUUUGGAACAGUAACGAUGACUAGAGAUCUAUAUUAACCGUCUUCUGCCUUUGCGAAGAUCCAUCGUCUUCUGCCUUUGAUCUUUUCUUCGGAUGAAAACCUAAUCCGUCUUAUCGGAUCGGUAAUGAGAUAUGCUUGGCAGCCUUACUUUAUUGAAAGUAUUGUUUUA